AAAUGAAUUCCACGGUGUCGUCAGUUCCGUAAAGCGUUGCUCCUGGCUUCAUUAAAGGAGAAGACAGAGGAUUAUUAACGAAGAGACAGAAGAUAAACGCAAUUAGAGCAAAGCUCUACCCGUCUGUGUCAUUAAAAUAUCCUCAAACAAGAGCGCUGCGUUGUUUCCCAAAGGCGGCUUUUUCCACGGACUGACAAAAGACACAUCGGUCUCCUCUAAGCCGCGCAUGAACUGGGAUGCACUGCCGUUAGCCUGUUAUUAGCUUGCUCGCUAGCUUCCUGAACAGCUCUGUUUUUACGACGGGACCAAGCACACCACACAGUGCAUUAUGACAGACAGCAUAAUGAGUAAAGCUGCCACAAUGGAGAUUCCUAUCAACAGUAAUGGUGACACAGGGACACUACCAGAAGAUGACAGCCUUGAACAGGCUGCAAAACUGCAGUGGAGCUUAGAUGAGAAGGUAGGGAGCUCCAGAGGCACCAGGGACCUACAGCAGGUGAUGGUAUCGGGUCCCAAUCUCAAUGAGACUAGCAUUGUAUCUGGGGGUUAUGGAGGAACAGCAGAGGGUAUCAUCCCCACCAGCUCCAUGAAAGGCCCUGCUGUGCGGUACAAUGCAGAGUUUAACAAAAGGAUCCCAGUUACAGGAUUAGGUUCCAACAUGCACCACAGCAGCAGCAGCUCAUCAAUGUCGGCAGAGGAAGCGACCCGCGGCGUGGCUGUGGAAAAACUAGAAACAAUGAAGAAGUGGGGUCUCAACACUUACAAGUGUACAAAGCAAAUGAUCUCAGAGCGAUUUGGUCGGGGUUCCAGGACUGUGGACCUGGAGCUGGAGGCCCAGAUUGAGGUGCUGAGAGACACUAAAAGGAAAUAUGAGAACGUGCUGCGAUUGGCCAGAGCGCUGACCAACCACUUCUACAACAUGGUGCAGACACAGCAUGCGCUGGGUGACACCUUUGCUGACCUCAGUCAGAAAUCUCCAGAGCUGCGGGACGAGUUUGGCUACAAUGCAGAGACCCAGAAGUUGCUUUGUAAGAACGGAGAGACUCUACUUGGUGCCAUUAACUUCUUUGUGUCCAGCAUCAACACACUUGUUAACAAGACCAUGGAGGACACCCUGAUGACGAUCAAGAUGUACGAAAAUGCCAGACUGGAGUAUGAUGCCUACCGGUCAGACCUGGAGGAACUCAGUCUGGGUCCGAGGGAUGCUGUAGCUAUGGCCCGCAUUGAAGCUGCUCAGCAACAGUACCAAACCCAGAAGGACAAGUAUGAACGCCUCCGCUCAGACGUCAUCAUUAAACUCAAGUUCCUGGAGGAGAACAAGGUGAAGGUGAUGCACAAGCAGCUCCUCCUCUUCCACAAUGCCAUCUCGGCGUACUUUGCUGGCAACCAGCAGCAGCUGGAGCAGACGCUGAAGCAGUUCAACAUAAAGUUGAGGCCUCCUGGGGCCGACAAGCCCUCCUGGUUAGAGGAGCAGUGAAAGGGUCUGCUGGACCUCCUGCAGCCUCCUUAUCGACCACCUCCACCUGUUACCUGUUGAAACCCCCAACUUACAGAGGACCACAUCAGAGGGAAACACAUACAAAUAAUUGGGUGGAUGAAGAUAUAAGAUGAGCGUGUGGCUGGAUGAUUGGACAGAUGAUGGAGGAUUGGACAGAUGAAUUGCAGGGUAUUAUUAAUGAGUGGGCUAAAUGCCGCAAGAAACCAAGUGGCCAGUUUCAUGAACAGUCAGGGGGCGUUUAGUGCCUCUUCCUAACUUCCCGUUUUUCACUCUGACCUUCUCUUUGUGCUUUGGUCCCAGAGGAGCUGUUCAUCUCUCCCUUCCCUCUCUCCUAAUUGACUGUACCCCCUACUAUCUCAACACUAUUUUGCUGUGUGAGCUCGUGUUCGUCAUGUUCAUGGCCAUUAUUGUACUCCUCAAGUGCUCCCAGUGCUCUGAGUUAAACUUCAACCCCGCACCAUCUCAGUAACAGAGACAGAUGACAAAAGGAAACAUAAUACAGCUAUUAAAACACACUCAGAUGUAACCAGACACUACAUCAAAACUCUUCCAGACCUUAUCACCCUCCUCGUGUGCCUCCUUAUAUAUGAGCUAACGUGCUAAAUGAACACGUGGCCUGCAGGAAGAAAGAUAAGCUCAGUAAAAGAAUUCAAACUAGAAGGGGAUUUGUAUGGCACACUGGAAAGGAAUGUCCAGACAUUUCAAAUCAAUGUACAAUUCAAAUUAAGUACUGUUUCACUUUUGAAAUAAAUAUUAUAUGAUUGUUUGUAGCUUAUCAAAAAAACACUGCUGUUUAGUUUUGGCUUAAUUUUACUGUCAUCUUUUUAUUUUGUAAUUAUUUUAGUUCUAGUUGUACGUCAUAUGCUUCAGAGUGAAGGACAGUAUACUGUUUGGGCAGUCUGUGCUGGUGUUUUAGACUGCAGGUGCUGCAGUGCUCAGUCUGUACGCUACAGAUUACAAUUGUAACCUUAAAGUUCAACUCUUAUAUGCAACGGACGUUUAAGGAACACUGCCACAGCUUCCCAAAGUUAUACUGGUUGGGGUCUUUACUAAUUGUGUUUUAUUUACCCAAAGAGAAUUGAGAGAGAUGUUUACUGAAGCCUUGUUAUGUUUUCAUUGGCUGUUGAAGCAGCAUUGAUCGGUUCAGUUUCACUGUCGACUGAGGUUUGAAGUACAGUUGGACUCUGUAAGAACAUGGGUAUGUCAGUCAGUUAAGAUCCAACAAACUUGAAUGGAUUCACUCCAUUAUUUAACUGUUUAACGGACUGUAUUUAAAAUCAUUACGUUUUGUUUGUUUUCACAUUGAAAUGUGUUUUGUCUUAAAUUUGUCUUUUGAAAGUUAACAUGGACAUGUCGUUGACAUCUAGUGUCAUAUCUUUCAGUCUCUGUAAAGCAGGAUAUAUUUGUCUAUGGUUACCUUUCUUCACACUGAAGAUUAUUGUAGCUGUCUAAUAUUACUAAUCUUAAUAUUUCGACAUCAGAUCUUGUAAAUUAGUAGUUGGGGGAGUGGGAUAACACUAAUGACUCAUCACUUGUUUCAUCUCCUUUACCGGAAACGGUGUCUUAGCAUAACGGUAGUAAACAAUCAUCAGUUGUUGACAAUUAAUGAAGAGAAGGUAAUACCACGGAAUAUCGGCAUGGUACUACAUAUGUAAUGUUGAAUUUUUAUGCAUCACUGUAUUUAUUAUGUUCACUGUAUGUGUUGAGCAUAUUUGUACGCUGAAACUUCUGCUUUGUGCAAAUUACUCAGUUUGACUAUAGCGUAUUUCGCAGAUGAUACACUAACAGGAAAUUGAUAUCCUCCAAAAACUGUCUCUAAACUAACUGACAGAAAGUGGUUCAGUUUCUCAGUGUCACAUGAAGAUAAUCCGGUGUGAUGAAUGUUCUACCAUGCUGAACUGAACUCACAGUUACUGGGUUCGUCCUCCAGCUUCUUGUCUCCUCUGUAUUUGCAUGGCAGGCAGCGAUCCAAAGUAUACGUGCAGAUAUGUGUGAACGCACUGAUGCUCUACUCUUGGCCUUCUGCACGCCAGCGCGCAUGGACUGGCAUAACGCCAUGCUCACAGUUGUUGAUUUGAAUUUUGAAACUGGCUGAAGCAGAAUCUGAAAGUUGGGUUUCCUUUUAUGCUGCACUCUGAAGGACAAUUAUGAAAGAAAGUGAUUUUUUUUUUUUUUUU